AUGAGCGACAAGCCUGACCCAGAUGCCGUCAAGGCGGCCCUAAUGGUCGACCUCUCUCGUUUUCGCCAGGAAGAACUUCCUCUAAGCGUUGAAUCGAAAAAUGGAAAGAGCACGUACGCACCAAACAGAAAGAAUGGAACCGACCACUAUUCGGAUGCUAAAAAGGCUAUGCUCGAGAACAAAUGGUCUGCCAAGAUUAACGAUGGAGAGUCCCAAAGUAUGGAAGGCCUGGAGCCCGAAGAUUCACGGCCUUGGGCAAAAGGCCAGACUAGAAAGAGACUCUCGAACAUCAUGAUUGACAGAGCUGCUCCGGCUAUCCCUGCUUCUCACGGAACAUUUUCCUCUCAUCAGUCCCAGAGAACUCGUGUUGAGUUCAAACCUACAACACCUGCGAAAUGGGGCCCACCACCUACACAGACAGCUUCUGCAGCCAAUCGUCAAGAGCCCAUACCUGCUGCUACUAACAAUGGCAGUUCUUCCUCUGCGAAUGCUGCUUCUGUGAACGGCAAUUCUCGCACACCUUUGGUCGUCCAAAAGCAGGAUGCGCACGAUCAGGGCCUCAAUGCAUCGGAGCACCUCCUGUACAGCAACCAGUGCCACCUUGGGAAGACUGAGGCACUUAGUAUCGUCACAACUGUCGCCAUCAAGAUCCGAAUCGCAUAUAACGACGGCAUUUUGGAGCUUCAAAACGACUCUAAGGGCCUCCGAAGCCAUAAUGCCCUUGACAUUGAGACACCUGUCCGUGACAGCGUCUUCUGUACAAUCAAAGUGAAAUCUAGGCCCUGGUCUGAUGAUCUUCGAUUCGCCACGGUUGACGACGCGCAGGAGUUCAAGACUUGCCUGGCGAAGCUCCAGAGGUGUCUACUGAAGCAACAAAAGGAACAAGACAUCGGCGAGUCUCAGGUUGCUAACAAGACUGAGGAAAGCAACAAGGCGGAGGACGAAAACGACCUCUUAAUGGCCGCCAGCCCCAUUGCGAGCACGGCAUCUAAUGCUUCCAUUCUCGACUCCAACGGUACAUCUCAACAAGUGACCACCAUGGACCAAGUGCCCCUAAUCAUGGCGGACGAUGACUGGGGAACUACAGCUAAUAACAAUAUCCCCGGCCUGGGACAUGAGACCGAACACCUGGGUCAGUUGUUCCACCAGGUUCUGGAGCAAUUCGGUGCCCUGAAGAGUCACUCUGGCGAGACAAUGAAUGGGGUCGAGUAUGAAAUCCUCGAGCAGUCUCUCAGCCACAGUCUUCUUCAGGAGUGCGAUGAGAAAGUUCGCAACGAUACCCUGAACAUUAUCCGUUCCAUGUUCGACGUGGGGUGUAAGCUCGUCUCUCGUGAGCUUGGUCCAGGCCUCGCAGAUGACAAGGCAAUCGGGAAUACUGGCAAUGGCAUUGAUCUUGGUCUCCGUCAGGGAGCAACCGCCAAGCAGGCGGAGGUUUCGACCAACCGCUCCGAGCUCGGUAUGCCUAAGGGCUUGGGCUCUUCACGUUUCGCCAAAAAGCAGGUGGCAUACGAAGGCAACUUUACCGGCCCGAUCAAGUACUGA